CUCUCGCAAACAUCUGAAUUCCGAGUGGCAACUUGCACACAGUCAACCGCCGAGACACUUCACAUUUCAGAGGCACUGAAGGGCAUUUUAUACUCCUUUAGGAUUUUUCGUUACAUAAAAACCUUCGGGCUCCGUGUAACAAUGGAGGCAUAUUUACGGAGCUGUCGUGAUGUGAUUAAGGGUUGUAGUAAGAACAGCCCAGGGCUGCAUGUCGUAAUGGGAAAUGAGGCUUGUGAUAUGGACUCCAUGGUAUCAGCCCUGACCUUCGCCUACUUUCUUUCAAAGAGUCUUGAUUGUAAGAGUGUACCGGUGCCUGUACUCAACAUCCCACGGGCUGAGUUUCCCUUGCGCUCUGACAGCAUCUUUCUGCUGAGAGAAACCGGUCUGUCGCAGGACUACCUGCUUUUCAGGGACGAGGUGGACCUCCACGGCCUGCACAAGAACAAACAGCUAACCCUGACCCUGGUUGACCAUAAUGUUCUGCCCAGUGCUGACAGUGAGCUGGAGGAUGCAGUUGUAGAAGUGAUUGACCAUCAUCUCCUACAGAGGCCCUCAUCUCCCUCCUGCCCCGUCACCGUGGUGACCGUGGGCUCCUGUGCCACCUUGGUGACAGAACUCAUUGCCCAAAAAGCACCUGAGGUACUCGACCAACAAGUGGCUCAGCUUUUAUACGGUAGCAUUAUCCUAGACUGUGUUAACAUGGCCCCUGAGGCAGGUAAAGUCACCCCUAAGGACAGCCAGUACGCCAUCUUUUUGGAGAAGCGUUUUCCAAAGCUGCCUCCGAGGGGCGCUCUGUUUCAGUCGCUACAGAAUGCCAAGUUUGACGUGUCAGGCCUCUCCACGGAGCAGAUGCUGUUGAAAGACAUGAAAGCUGCAACCACUGGGGAUCUGAACUUGGCUGUCAGUGUAAUUUACAUGACACUAGAGGCUUUUCUUCAGAGGCAUGGCCUACAGCAGGACCUCUGUGAGUUCUGCCACAAACACAGCUACAACCUGCUGGUCGCAAUGACAAUCUUUUUCAACGACAACAAGGAGCCCUUCCGACAGCUAGCCGUCUACAGUUCCAGCACUGUCUACAGAGAAGAGAUGAGUAAAGCACUAGAAAAAGCCAAAAACCCCAGUCUGGACCUUAAGCCAAUGAUCAGUCCAUAUCCGGACGUGAAGGCCUAUAUGCAGGGUAACACACUGGCGUCCCGUAAGAAAGUAAUGCCCAUAAUCACAGACUUCCUGAAGGAGAGGGAAAGGAAAGUGGCUCAAUGUGGGAACAUCGAAGACCUAGAUCUGGACGAUUAUUCUUAUCAGGACCAGAGUGACUCACAGCAAUGUCCUGAGGAUGCUGGGAUUGAGGAUGACACUCAAUUUCCUCCAACGCCAAUGAACAGUCUGGUUGAGGGUUGUCCAUUGGACAAUGGCCUACCAAAACUCAGCCCCGAGGUUUUGGUGGAGAAAGUUAGCAAGAUGGCCAGCAUGGAGGACUCGUCUCCUGAGGGACAAUGAUGAAGACCUGUUGUCCAAGAGAGUCUUGGAUAGGAGCUGGAGAAGUGAAGUCCCUCUGCGUCUUCAAGAGGAUGCGGUGGUGGUGCAUCAGGGCAGGAGAAUGUAAUGGCACUUUUUUGAUCUGGUUAACUCACAAAGGUACGAUACGGUCUGAAGAGACCAUUCUGUUGACUUUCUAAGGACUGGUACAGGAUGUUUCAAAUGGAGAAUUACAUAAAUGCAUCAUAUAUAAGAUGUUUAAAGUUUGGGUGUCAUAAAAAUGACUAAAAUAUCAGGUUUAGCCCAUUUAUUUAUUGGUCUCAGUAGUUUUCAUAUUUGAUCUUCUAAAUUACUCUUUGAUUGAGUAAUUUGUGGCUUUGACUCCCCCACACCUUUUUCUUUUUUUUUUUGGUGUGUGGUCCAAUCUAUUUCCAGGUAAACGUGAACUUAUUCAGAUCUAAUAUUGACAAUAUGCACCCAGUGCAAGCUAGCGACUGACAAUUGAUAGAAUUAACUAAUUCUGAAUUCAUUUCCAUUAUUAUACAAGUAAUCAUAAGGUGGUAUUUAUCAUAGCUUUUGGUGCCACUUACAUUCUUUAUAGUAUUAAAGAAGUUAUUUUUAGCUUGUCUGCAGACCACAUUUGUAGCAUGGCAUUGAUACCCGCAUUCAAAUUAUUUUGACUUGUUCCUUGAUUUUUAAAAGUGAGUGGAAAAGGCAUUUACAGUACUCGUACAGUGUUAGCCUAGCAGGCAAGAUAAGUUUUAAUCUGAUAUGCACUGGUUUACUUUUUAGCUGGCCAUAAUUUGUGUUAAAUUUUGAAAGUUAGUUGCAUAUACACAUACAUACAAAUAUAUAAUAUACGUGUAUUAUAAAUAAAUAUUUUCACAGUCCUGUCUGCUAGGCUUCCAGUGUGCGUAUAUAAGCAUAAACAAGCAGUUCCUGUUAGGAUGAGUCAAAAUGAUAGAUCUUAAAUUGAUGGUAACACUUUUCAUUUGAUCUCACGCAGAGCGGAUGUAAAUGAAGAUGCAUCGGAUUAGUACAUCUUGUCAUGAUUCCCCAUUAAUAUCGUAAAAGUGUGAUUGUUGGUAAAUGGAAAGUGAGUGUAACCCCUCUGUGGCCUUUUGCAUGUUAUAGGUGUUAACUGACCUGCUCCUGGUUAGAAUCAGGGCACCUGCAUUUUCCUCUAUUAAAUUUUACCAUUAACUACCAAAGACCUCAGUUGUAUUGUGUGUGAGGCAUGUUAAGCAUUUGAUCACUCGAGUUUUAAAGUGUAUAAGUUCAGUAUUUUGUUGAUUUCUAUUGUGCUAUAUUAUAUAAUUUAUUUGAUGAUUUAGGUUUUAAAAGUAGGGUUAAAAAAGGGUUGUUAUCAUGAACUGUCCUUUUGAUUUGUUAUAUGGCCUUCAGCUUUAUUAGCAGUUAUUAGAGAUCACUCACCAUCUGGCAUUCAUUAUCAUAAUCUAAAGAUCGCUUCAUACUGGACUAUCAUUUUAAUGAUAUUCAUUAUAUUAGUAAAUACAAAAUCUCAAUCUAAGGUAUUUCAAAGGCCUAAUUUGAUUAAUUUUAUAUGACACGUUUAAUUGGACAGUUAUAUAAAUGUUUUUUGUUCAUAGAAGUAAAAGUACUAGUUUAGUCAUGAUUUCACACACAAAAUUAACCGUUAAACAAAAUAAUCAGUUAAUAUGGGACUUGAAACAUAGAUGGUUUGUUAGUAUUUUGAGAUGUAUCCCGUGUGAAUUUACCCUGACUGUUAGUUUGGUGAGAUUUGACAUGGUGACAGCAGAAGAUUACUGCAUGCUGCCUCAGGAGAAUUAAGCACACUGAAUAAUGCCAAUAUCAUAAUAGUGUUGUAUUAAUUGUUGAUUCAAUGUCAAUUUAUUAAUGUGCUAUGGUUGUGAAGCGGGAUAUUCAAGAACGCAUCCUCUGUGAAGUAUUUUAUUGCCAUGGCCUUUUUUUAUUUCAAGUAUUCCUGGACUCGAUAUCAAUAAAACAUUUUCAUAUUGU